AUGUCUUCACAUCUAUCUAUCUAUCUAUCUAUCUAUCUAUCUAUCUAUAUCUAUCUGUCUAUUCAUAUCUAUCUAUCUAUCUAUCUAUCUAUCUAUCUAUCUAUCUAUAGAGUGCCCUUUGCCGUGCUGAUGUUGCUACAUGCCUUACUUCUUGCUUAUAUCACACUGCGAAUUUUUUUUCUUCCCUCUCUGCCUUUGUUUCCUCCUUCCUUCCCUUCCUUCCUCCUUUUUCCUUCCUUCCCUCCUCCUUCCUUCCUUCCUUCCUUUCUUAUUUCCUUCCUUCCUUCCUUCCUUCCUUCCUUUCCUUCCUUCCUUCCUUCCUUCCUUCCCACCUUCCUUUCCUCCUUCCUUCCUUCCUCCUUCCUUCCUUCCUUCCUUCCUCCUCCUUCCUUCCCUCCUUCCUUCCUUCCUCCUUCCUUCCCUUCCUUCCUUCCCUCCUUCCUUCCUUCCUUCCUUUCUUAUUUCCUUCCUUCCUUCCUUCCUUCCUUCCUUCCUUCCUUCCUUCCUUCCCUCCUUUUUUUUCCUUCCUUCCUUCCUUCCUUCCUUCCUUCCUUAUUUCCCUCCUCCUUCCUUCCUUCCUCCUCCUUCCUUCCCACCUUCCUUUCCUCCUCCUUCCUUCCUUCCUUCCUCCUCCUUCCUUCCCACCUUCCUUUCCUCCUCCUUCCUUUCUUUCUCCCCGCCUUCCUUCCUUCCUUCCUUGUUUGCUCUGUCGACAGGACUUACAAUACACCGAACACAAGAGAGUCAGUCACUUCAUUCAUUCAUUAUUUACCUUGGGUAGAAUUAUCUUUCAUUUCUUUCUUCAACUUUUGCCUAUUUUAUGUUUUAUUUUACUUCUUCCACUUGUUGUCAUUUUUGUUUUCAUUUUACCCGGUUUAUUCCUCCUUUCAUUAUUGUUGUUGUCUUUCAUUCAUGUUUUUCUUUCAUUCAACCAUAUUUCCCUUCUUUUAUUCUAUACAUUCUUUCUUUCUCCGUUAUUUCCUUUUCCUAAUGCACUUCCAAAUUGACUAA